AACUUUGAAAUGUGAUGCCGAAAAGAGCCCAGUAUAUAAAGUCACAAUGAAUAUAUGGUCUCGUGUCUGGACAGUGUGACGAGAUGUCUAACAAACUUGUUGUCAAGUGUGGGAACUUUGCAGUUCUGGUGGAUCUUCAUGUUUUGCCUCAAGGCACCAGUAAAGACACCAGCUGGUUUUCUGACCAUGAGAAGGAGGAAGUCUGUACAUUACUGAGAGACACAAUUGAUUCCAGAGUGAGGCAGCAUAUUGAAAGCCGCAGACAGCAGGGUCAGGUGAAGCUUAAAGAAUACACACAGGCCAAGCCAUUGUUUCUGAAAGGAAACACAUUUCGGAUUGCGGCCUACUUCAUCAAAAGAUGGGUCAACAUUCGUUGUGUGGUAAAACAUCAGUAUCGAGAGCUUUAUGUAUUUCCAGACAGAUUAGUGGUGUGUGCAAGUCAGCUUGAACCUUGUCCCAGUACAUAUGAUGCUCAGGCUAUUAAAGCUGCCAGCAAGAAAGAGCCUUCCAGCAGUACAUCCGAAUAUUUUGCUGAACACGGAGAAAGUGAAUUAAACAACAUAUUAGCCACCACAGUGAAGGAGCAGGCCGUGCUGAGAAACAUAGUAAAGAAGAAUAAAGCUGCAAAGGAUGCAGACUCUGGAUUCAGCAACGAUUUGAAAGUGUGCCCUGGUCUUGGGCUAGUAGGCUCUGACAAAGGAAACAAAACUACUAUCUUGCCAUCUGAACUAGCAAGUGGGGAACAAGCUAAGCAUUGCAUAAAUACACCUCAUAACAGAUUGGAGCUUCCUGAUCUCGAAGUGGAAAAUGAUGUUAAUCGCAGACAGCCUUGUGGAAGUAGCAGCCAGGACAAAUCCCAAUCUGCAGAGUGGUUACAGGCACAGGACCUGACCAAGGCUCUUUCCUGGAUCUGUGAGUCAGCACUGCCAGAAGAUAAACAGACUCUCCGAACAAGCAUUAUGCAACACAAGAGGAGGCGACACAGCUCGGAAGGGAAGACCGAAGCAGCUUGUAAGAAAGCAGAUUUAAGGGACGAUAUAUUUUUAAGCCAGGCUAAUACAGGGCCAGAGGCUAUGGAAAACAUGAGUUUAGCUUUAAGGAUCCUAAAGUAUCAAAAGCCUUCAACAGACACAGGUAGCCCAGAAGUGCCAAUAGAACAAAAAUGUAAUCCUAGCACAAAGUCAGAAAAUGGUCCAUCCAAUAAGUUAAAACGUCAAAGGAUUAAAAAGUAA